CAGAGCGGGUGGAAGAUGUUCUGCAGUGAGAAAAUAAUUUCAACCAUUUCCGAGACCUGGGGUGAAGCUUCAUUACACUUUCCCGAGCGUUCGGUUCGGGGCCAUAACUCCGCCACCUUUGGUUGGCUGCCUGUUGGAUAAGUCGCCUGUUUAUACAGUGGUCAUCACUUAAAAUACCCCGGCAGCGUGGUCAGCAGAAGAAUGCUGAGCGCAGCUCACCCACUGUCGGAUUAAGGCGCUCGGCUCCGAACCUUCUCCGUGGUCCUGAAAAGCGCAUUUCCCGCCUUGUCUGUUUUGUUUUGAAAGGUGAUGGUCACUAGGCCUGAUCAGUUCGAGUUAUUCCAGCCAAAGGGAAUUGGGAGCGUGGUGUGAACAUGCAGGUGGUGUUAGCGUCUCCGGUGGGACUCCGCGCCGCCUUGUACACACUUACAGCAGGCGUACUUCGGAAGGCGUCAGCUCCGGACUGGCCCUGCAUCGCGAGGGGGUUCCCGUCCAAUCUUUAAAACGGCAACUUUAAAAAUAUAUAUAAUUACUGGCUGAUAUUCCAGCAGGGAAGAUCGAAGUCGAGGGAAUGCUUAAGUGAUUUAAAUUACCGUGUCUUCGGGGGGUUGCUGCUCGGCGACUCUCUUGCCUUCAUUGAAGAUGCGCUCUGCGUAAACAAGCGUGAGUUGGCCACAAAUCAUCUGCAGAGAGCAUAGCGUUUGAAGUUGAUUCGGGCGAGGUACCCUCGAUUUAUUUUUCUAAACACUGUCACUGUAAUGCACUGCUUAACUGUACCGUGAAAUAUUAUUUUCCUUACCGGGUCAAUCUUGGUGCCAGUCGAACUUGUAGGACGGGAAUGCGGUAUACUUGCAACUGGUGUCAAUUUUACUCUGAAUUUUAUUUUCCUCUCCGUUUCUUAAGAAGGUUUGAAUACUGAAGGUCACUUUCGACGAACAGCCAGCACUGCAUAAAACUAAUUCGUAGUCAGUCGCUCGCUGCCCUUAUCUUCCCCCCUCCCACCCCUUGAAAAUUCCUGGCUGUAAUAAAUAGUUGUGGAUUUUCUAUGAAUCGGGCCCUGCACAGUUAAUACUGUUAUGUUCAGCAGGGGUUCGGCAUCGAAACUGCGAAGAUUAAAUAUCAUUACAUUCUCGACAAGAACGAGGCUCGACCUUAGAACAAGAGAGAUUUCCGCUCUCUUUUUCAUCCACUCUUCACCCAAAAAAAAUGUUUUUAUUGUAUGAUAAAAUUUGCCGAGCGAGUUUGAUCUGCCCCAAUCGCCGACUGAAGUUUGUGCAGUUGCUUCGGACGACAGGUGGGUGAUGUCAGUCCCUUUGCUCUGUGGGGAGCACUCGGGACGGAAGGUUGUGCACUCAAGCCCUCCCUAGAGACUCGAGCACAUAAUCCCAGUUAGCCCCGUGCACUGCUCAGGGACGGCGCUGCCAUUUUUGUCCCCAAGCUGAGACCUCAAAGUGAGUUACUAUUUGUGCUGUCUGUAAAGUAUAAAUGAUCCCAUAGCAUUGUCAAGAAAAUUGAGCAGGAAGGUUUUACCGCUGGCUUGACCAAUAUUUACCACCAACUUUCGAAAUGUGGUUUGUUCAUUUAUUACCUCACUGUUCUGAGAACUUGAAAUGUAUAAAUUGCACCCACUCUUUCCCAAAGUAAUCUUGCUUCCAAAAAGAGCGCCAUGGAUUGCCAGAUCCUCUGGGACAUCCUGGGUUGAUAAAACAAAACAGCGCAGUUUAAGUCUUUGAUUUCUUAUUAAAGUUGUUGUUUUGCGGUGUGUUUUCUAGUCCGGAGUCUAUGGGCGGCUGGAGCCGAGUCCAGAGCAGGAGCUGAUGGCCAAGCGAAAGCAUUUGUGGACUAUGGCUCCCGGGUUUCCUGCAGCAUGCGUCCUCCUCCUGGUCGCUCCGAUUCUGGUUACCCCGGCGGCCUUCGGUCAGGACGAUGAUUCGGGAGGUGAUAGUACUCAGGCGGUCGGCAGCAAUGACAACCUGGACUUCGACGAUUACCGGGGCAAAGGCUGCGUGGACGACAGUGGGUUUGUGUACAAGUUGGGCGAGCGCUUCUUCCCGGGCCAUUCGAACUGCCCGUGUAUGUGCACGGAGGACGGGCCAGUGUGUGAACAGCCGGAAUGCCCGAAGAUUCACCCGAAGUGCAGUAAGGUGGAGCACAACGGUUGUUGCCCUGAAUGCAAAGAAGUGAAAAACUUUUGUGAAUAUCGGGCGAAAACCUACAAAGUGCUGGAAGAAUUUAAGCCGUCUCCCUGUGAGUGGUGCCGAUGUGAAGCCAGCAGUGAAGUGCAUUGUGUGGUAGCUGAUUGUGCGGUCCCUGAGUGCGUCAACCCGGUCUACGAACCCGAGCAAUGUUGUCCGGUGUGCAAAAACGGUCCCAACUGUUUUGCAGGCUCUACAAUAAUCCCAGCAGGAAAGGAAGUGAAGGUGGAUGACUGUACCAUAUGCCAGUGCUCUCAGAAUGGGGAUUGGUGGAAGACAGAGCGACAGGCCACGUGUGUCAAACGGGAAUGUGAACGACUGUGAAACGGGUGUAAACUGUUCCACUUCUAACUAACUGCCAGCAAAGUAGCACCAUAAAAAUGCUUCCAGCCAAAAGAAUUGCCUAGCUCUACAUGUUGCAAUAGUCGUUGGAAAAUCUAGAUCCCUGGUGCAAAUACGGUUUGGUGAAACACUAUUUUUUUAAUAUUGUUCAUUAUCCCAUCCUACCUGUGGGUGCUAUUUUGGUUGAAAAUUAAAGAAGGGUUUUAACUGCUGGUCGCAGAUAUAUUUUGGUUUAUCAGUUUUUUAUGUUGGAUGCAACUGCUUCUUGUGUCAUCUUAAGGAUUUUUCCUGCCCUCAAAUUCACUGCCUGUCUGCACUUAAUACUAGAAGCUGUUUGCAGGCAAAUUGUGAUACUACGGAAUUUGUUUCAGCUCUGACUGUCUCUGCUGUUUGCUUCAUCUUUACAAUGACUGACGGGGGAAAACUAUCAAAUGAAGACUGUUCAUUUUAUAAUCUGAUUCACUAAUGUUGUGCCUGAAAAUGUAAAUGAGAAUAUUCUAAUGAAAAUAUUUACAA